AAAAGGGCUGAUACUUGUUGCUGUCGCUGGGCGGGCCUAACGCUGUAGUGCGCCAUGCUGGGGGUGUCAAUUGAAGGGGAGGAAAAAAACCGACUGGGAGUUACCUCAGCGCUUUCCGAGAUAUGAGAUCUGGCCAUUUUCCAGUCGGUGCACUUUUUUAUUAAAGAAGAAAACCCCGAAAAUCACGGGGCAAAAAAGAAAGAAAGAAAGAGACGCACCCGCAUUUGAAGAGGUCACCCAGAUAAACAGCGUUCAGCGGCUUUCUGCCGGCGGAUCAGUCGGAAUCUGCGGUGCACGCUCGGAGUCUCUCUCCCUCAACCCCCCCGUGCGCGUGCGCGCGUGUGUGCGUGUGUUUACAAGUGUUUGAACGACUGCCAAAAGAAGAAGGAGGAAAACGCCAAGGAAGGAGGGAUGGUGGACAAUUCAAGCAGUAGUAAGGCACAAAUGCCCGGAAUGUCUCAGGAGCCUGGUGUGGCCUUUCCUCCAAGCACCUCCGCAGGAGGAAUGAAGCUCGAAGCAGUGAUGGAGCAGCUCCAACGCCAGCAGCAGGCACGAUUAGAAAUGGAGCGCAAGGAGAGAAAGAUACGAGAAGCUCACAUCAUGUACGCUCAGCAGGUUGCUGCCCAACAGGCCAUCUUAGCAGCUGCCCGGGCUUCUGGAGCCAGCUUCAUGGGGAAAGGCCUGCCUGGAGGCAUUGCUGGUGGUGGAUUGCCUCCCCGGGUGUCCAAUCAGAGUAGUGUAGACUCAGACAGAGAGGAUGACGAGGACAGAGGUCGGGAUUCUGGAGAUGAGGACGAUGACAAUGAGAUGAUGGAAGGGGAUGAGGGUAGCGAUGAUGAUGAGGGAAGCGCCAGUGGUCUGGAGUUCCUCCGCAAGCAGACCCUUGCUUUACAGCAGAAUGCCUCACGAAUCCCAGCCCGUCCAUUUGGCAGUUACUCUGCAUCGGCUCCCCAGAGGGCUGCUUCCCCACCUGUUAGAGUGAAGCAGGAACCUGACGAGGGCCUGUCUCCUGCAGGGGCACACUCUGCUACUUCUCCUAAUGGACAGGCUGACUGGGGCUUUGAUGACCACUUUAGACAGAAUGGCAGUGCAGGAUGGGCAGAUGAGGCUGACAGCAGCAGAGGAAGAGGAGAGGCCUCAAGAGACUUUGCUAAGCUGUAUGAGCUUGAUAAUGACCCAAAAAGAAAAGAGUUUUUGGAUGAUCUCUUUGCCUUCAUGCAAAAAAGAGGAACCCCAGUCAAUCGUAUCCCAAUCAUGGCCAAGCAGGUCCUAGAUCUGUACAUGCUGUACAAGCUGGUGACAGAAAAGGGAGGCCUCGUCGAGGUUAUCAAUAAGAAGAUCUGGAGAGAAAUCACAAAGGGACUCAACCUGCCUACCUCCAUCACCAGUGCUGCUUUUACUCUGCGGACACAGUACAUGAAAUACCUGUACCCGUAUGAGUGUGAGAGGAAAGGCCUCAGCUCUCCAGGCGAGCUUCAGGCCGCCAUUGAUAGUAACCGACGCGAGGGUCGCCGUCCGUCCUACAGCAGCAGCCUCUUCCGCUUUUCUCCCUCUCCCAGCACUGCUCCCCACAUCCUCUCACCCCCAAAGAUGCACCUUUCCAGUCUGGGAGCGGGGGCCUCAGUAGCUAUCAAUGGCCUUCAGGCCUCACCGGGACCCUCUUUGAAGAAAGAUGACCUGACCCCACCGAUUAUGGCUGCAAGACCUUCCAUGGCACUGGCUCUGGGUCAGCAGCAGGUUGCUGGCUUGGCCAGAGCUGCCACACUGGAGCAGCUUAGAGAAAAGCUGGAGACCGGUGGUGGAGAGGGGCCGGAGAGGAAGCUGGCUCGCUUGGCAGAAGAGCAGCAGCGCCUGAUGCAGCAGGCUUUCCAACAUAAUCUACUGGCCAUGGCUUCCCAAAUGCCUAUGAACCUGCGUCUGGGAGCCCCUGCUAUGCCCACCAGAGAAGAGAAGCAACAGGACAUGUCUCUGAGUAUCUCAACCAAUGGAAAUUCCAGCAUUACUGUCUCAGUAGAGGUCAAUGGCACAAUCUACUCAGGAACCCUGUUCGCCCAGAAGUCUGGUGGGGCCCCGGGGCCAUCUGUGUCUGCUGCUGCUGCUACUGCUGUUUCAGCCUCCCCUGCUGGAACCAGCGCAAGCUUUGGUUUUUCCGCACCUCAGGCCCAGAGCCUCAGCCCAACAUCCUCCUCCUCCUCCAAGGGUCCCGGCUCGGCUGAGCCGACCCCCACCGGGUCACCCUAACUCAGGCUGCCCUUUGUACCUUCUCCCCAGGCCUCUGCUCCUGCAGGAGGCCCAGCAUGAAUAUACAAUACAAUAAGAAACCGAAAAGAAACUGUUGCACAACAAAUACCUCAUCAACCUGUCUUGGCUGUCCAAUCAUGAACACAGAGCCUGAAAAUUUAAUGAUGUAUCCAAAAUAAAUUGCUAUGCAUUUUAUUUUGAUCUAACACAAACACAUGCACACACAUACACACACACACGCACACAGGAACACAACACAACACUACAAACACAUCAUGCACAGACACACAUCACAUAUAUACACUUGUUAAUCCUAAUCGACAUGCUAAACACAAUCAGCUCAGCCAAAACCCACUGACAGGUGUAGUCACAACUGAACUUGAAAAGUUUUAUCUUAGAACAUUUUGUUUGUUUGUUGCCAUUUUGUUGUCUUUUUUGAUUUUGUGUUUUAGAAUGAGUUUUUUUUUUUUAGUUUUUCUCCUUUUACAUACCUCAAAUCAAAUAACCUGCAGUGGUGUCUUUACCUCAGGAGCUGUAGUAUAUUUAACCUGAAUCAACUUUAUUUUUAUAUUCUUUUUGACCUAGUUGCAAUCAGGGGAAGUUGGGUAACUGUCACCAGUGGAAACCUGUGUACAGAGCACCCCCCUCACAGUGAUGGGCCUCCAACUGGGGCUGCUCAGGUGUCUUCAACGUGCUGUGGCGUCAAACUGGUGAUGAUCUGAUGCUGUAGAUCAGCACAUUAAAUACCUCAUUUCAUCCUUUCAGCUGCCCUCAGUUGAGCUCUUGAGAAGUCCAUUAGAAAGGUUGCAAAGCUAAAGUUUAAGUAGUUUCAGCUCCACGUGCGCGCACAAAGUUGGGUUAACAGUAAAAGGCCCGUUAGAGCCUGAGCUUUGUGUUUCACCCAGAGCGGUAAUACUGAGGCAUUCCUAGCUCCUGCAGACCAGAUUUGAGUUUGUUGUUCCCCUAUUUUUAUUUUUUUUUGUGCAUCCUUCCUCCAGCUGCAGCCACAGAGCUGAAUGUCGAGUUGGGUGGCAUCGUCAUCUCUGACCACACAUUGGCCUCUCUGCUUUGGGGGGGGGGCGUCUCUCUCAGGAAAAGCAAUGUGACAACUGCAAGGAAUCACUGUCAGUUUAAAGAGACACAAAAAAAGAGGAUUAAUACGUGAAGAAUGCACAAGCCUACAUGACUGUUUCAAAAAUACCUCAUCAGACUCUCUGAAAAGGAGAGUGACACUACAUACCUCAAAAGGCUGUGAAGCCAUCGAGACUUGACGCCCCGAAUCCUACGUGAACUGAAACUGUUAUGGACGUGCUGUCACACUGCUGGUGGUUUUUGGGGACAAAGAAGUGGGACGGGCUUGAUAUAUUUCUCCUGUAUUUACUUGUAGAACGCGUUUCAUGCUUGCUUCUUCUUUGUUUUUUUUGUUUUUUUCCUUUUUUAGGUUCAUCAGGUUGUCUGAGAAGAGUGAUAUAUCUGAGGUGCUUUUUCAGCAGAGAGGAACAGACAAGUUAUUUUUUCAUUGACAUGUUGAUUUUCUUUCUUAAAAAAAAACAAACAAAAAAAACAAUGGUGUUUCCAUAGGGGUAAGAACAGAAAACAACCUUAAGUUUGACUGUGUAUGUUGAAAUUGCAUCUUUUUUCUGACAAUGGCAAAAUCAUGAUAUGCAUUUGAACAAUCACGUGACCAGUGUUUCUUUUUUUACACCUCCAUCCUCUGGUUAUUGCACAGCUACAUACCAAAGACUAGCACAGUCAGUCCUUAUGGACACUUUGUACAAUCCUGCUAACAGGAUGCUAAUGCAUAGCAAGCGGGUCUCUGUUGGACUGCAAAAGGUUUUUCACAAUUAGUUAGUGGAAAGUGCAUUUAAAACUGUAAAGACUGAAAACCCAAUUACAUGACUUGUACAGGUGGGCAUAUUCGACCCUUUUAACAGAUUUCAUUAUUUAAAAUGAAGGCCGGAUACAGUGGCCUCAUCAACAAUUGCAUUUAAAUUGUUUGUUUAACCUGUUUGCGCAGUCCCUCACAGUCAGUGUCGACAGUAGCCUGCAUUUUCUUUUAUCAAUUUACCCCAGGCACAGCUUGAUUAUGAUGAACCUGUUAUUGUAGGAUGCUUUUCUCCCGUUAAACAAUUUUUUAAAAGCAUUGAAACCCCACAAAAGAACAACAUUUUCUAGCUUUAUUUGUGUUGAAUUUAAGGCAUAUUAACUGUUUAGACCUUUUUACGCCUAGUGUGGUCUGAGGUGGGCAGCCUUGUUGCUUUUCUUAGAUUGUAUUUUUAGCAAUUAUGUGUCAGGUUUUGCAGUGCAGAUCGCAGGUCAGGGUUUAAGAACCUUUGAGAACUGCGCUGUCAGUCUGUCAGUAUAGCCUUCGCAACCUUGUAUGACACAUAACUGUAUUUUAGAAAAGGUGAGGAGUAUAGAUACUGCCUUAAAAUUAGUUGCUGGUGAGAUGUGGUCCAUGCAGGUUUCCCUUUGGCUAUAAAAAUCCCCCCCCAGAUGUUAGACACAAGUUAUCCUUCAGUUUGUUGUGUUAUCAAGUGAGUUUUGAUAUUUAUUUGUUUUUUCCUUUUCCUGGUGGACCUUGCUUUUAGUAACAAUCUUUAUUAUUUAGGAUGCCACUAAAAUAUUUUCUGUUUUCCAAGUCCAAUCUUUCUGUUUCUUGUGCUUAUUCUAAGCAAUGACUGUUUGAUAAUGUAGCUUCACUGCCUUUGUACAUUGGUGUGUUUGCGUGUGUGUGCAAGCAGGUGCAGUAUAGUAAUAACAUUAAAGGCACUGCAGGUGGCGCCACUGCUGAAUUUUUUUAAUGCUAAAUUAGGAAGUGAAAAAUGACUUUUAAGAAAUAUUUAAGUAGAUAAAGGUUUAUCCAACAUCUUUCGGCUAUAUACUCGUACAGUUCCGGUUUGUUCAGAGGAUGAAGGGUUUUUUUGACUGAGUAGUGGGUCACUUUUCUUCCUCAACACUUUUCUUCCUCAACCCAGCAACCACUCUGGUCACUGUCUUUCAAGGCUCCUGUCACUUGACUCAUUGUAUGGAUAGGUGCACUAUGUAUAAUGUGUUGUGCCUGUAUACCUGCAUCCAUGUGGAGUGUGAGUGAGUGUGUGUGCCCCCCUCCACCUCUUCAUACCACAUUACCUCAGGGCAGUGAGCUGCGCUCAGUGUUGCAUAUGAUGUUGAAGCUGCAUUGAGGGAUGAAUGCUGAUAGAAGCUGUGGUCACUUCGCAGAAUGCUAUUUUGGAUUUGGUGUUUCUUUUCUUUUUGUUGUCAAUAACUGCAUUACGGCAAGGUCUCGUCACUCAGGAAGCUGUGAAGUUGGAAGUAUGCGGAACCUUUUGAUUUUGGAGUCAAUUCAAUUUUAAAUUGUUUAAAAACUAA